UCCUGAUGACUCACACGGAAGCGCCGGCAGGCCCCGCCUCCUGAAGAAGAGGGGUCUGCGCUGCGCUUCCGGGAGCCCGGCGGCUACGGCCAGUACCGGCAAGUUGGCGCACGUCUCAGGGAGCCUCGGACGUGAAGCCGGAGGCCCCAGUCCCCGCGAGCCCAGAUGCCUGUCCAGCCUCCGAGUAAAGACACAGAAGAGAUGGAAGCAGAGGGCGAUUCCGCCACUGAGAUGAAUGGGGAGGAAGAAGAAAGUGAGGAGGAGCACAGCGGCAGCCAGACCGAGUCUGAGGAGGAGAGCUCAGAGAUGGAUGACGAGGACUACGAGCGGCGUCGCAGUGAGUGCGUCAAUGAGAUGCUGGACCUGGAGAAGCAGUUCUCAGAGCUAAAGGAGAAGUUGUUCCGAGAGCGGCUGAGUCAGCUACGGUUGCGGCUUGAGGAGGUGGGGGCUGAGAGAGCCCCUGAAUACACAGAACCUCUUGGGGGGUUGCAGCGGAGCCUCAAGAUUCGCAUUCAGGUGGCAGGGAUCUACAAGGGCUUCUGCCUGGACGUGAUCAGGAAUAAGUACGAGUGUGAGCUUCAGGGGGCCAGACAGCACCUGGAGCUGUGCCUUUUCCAGAGCGAGAGGCUCCUGCUCUAUGACACGCUGCAGGGGGAGCUGCAGGAGCGGAUCCAGAGGCUGGAGGAGGACCGCCAGAGUCUGGACAUCAGUUCUGAAUGGUGGGAUGACAAACUGCACGCCAGAGGUGGCUCAAAGACCUGGGACUCGCUGCCACCCAGCAAGAGGAAGAAAGCACCUCUCGUCUCUGGCCCUUAUAUCGUGUACAUGCUGCAGGAGAUUGAUAUUCUCGAGGACUGGACGGCUAUCAAAAAGGACCAUGACUCUGCUGUUCACAGCCAAGGGUCCCUCGGAGCAGCUGGCAUCACACCCAGGAUUCACGUUUUCCAGCAGACAAGCUCCUGGGGCUGCACAGACCACUCUCCAGUGUUACUGCUGGGCCCCACUCUGCCCUCCUCAGAGCCUGCACAGCUGUGGCCCCAGAGCUGACCUGGCCAGGCAAGACUGUUGUCUCCAUCUCUGACCACCUCUCCCUCCUGAAGAUAAACCUCCUCUGUCCUCCAGCCAAGACGACAGGCCUUCCUAAGCCAAAGCAAUACCCUUCCUGCUGACCUCUCCACUGAGCCAGGGAGCUGGGCCCGUGACAUGGGAACUGAGCCAGACAAGGGGCUGACAUAUCAUUAUGUUGGGGGCCUGUCCAUUCUGGCUGGAGCUGGAGGUGAUAGCCAGGCUUCCCAGGUUUUCUCAGGGCUAUUCCUGGUGUCUGCCUCCCAGAUUUUGAAGACUAGAAUUAAAACCUUUGCUGGGA